AUGGCUUGGUGCCUGUGUUCAGCAGCUGAACUGGACCUGUGGGUCAGAGUAAAAGCAGUCCAAGGUCUUGGAAAACAAAUAUUGGCUGCUCUGAAUGGAACAUGUAGUUGUCACUUGCUAGAGGCCCCCGCAGUGAAACAGAUGAUGGCCGCGCUCUCUCUGUCUCAUGUUAGUAUAAAUACAGAAACGCAAACCCUGACUGGGGAUAAAGAGCAAAAGGCCCAUACGGCCAUCAGUACCUCAACUGAAACAGCACUAUCUAUACACUGUCUAUCUGUCUGUCUAUCUGUCUAUCUGUCUGUCUGUCUAUCUGUCUAUCUCUCAAUCUGUCUGUCUAUUUACCUAUCUAUCUAUUUACACUCUAUCUAUCUAUUUAUAUAUCUAUACUCUAUCUAUCUAUACACUAUUUAUCUAUCUAUCUAUCUAUCUAUACAUUAUCUAUCUAUUUACACUCUAUCUGUCUGUCCGUCCGUCCGUCCAUCCGUCUGUCUGUCUAUCUAUUUACACUCUAUCUGUCUGUCUGUCUAUCUAUCUAUACACUAUCUAUCUAUCUAUUUACACUCUAUCUAUUUAUAUAUCUACACUCUAUCUAUACACUAUUUAUCUAUCUAUCUAUCUAUCUAUCUAUACAUUAUCUAUCUAUUUACACUCUAUCUGUCUAUCUAUCUAUCUAUACACUAUCUAUCUAUCUAUUUACACUCUAUCUAUCUAUUUAUAUAUCUAUACACUAUCUAUAUAACUAUCUAUCUAUACAAUAUCUAUAUAUUUAUCUAGCUAGCUAGCGAUUAUCUAUCUAUCUAUUUACACUCUAUCUAUCUAUAUAUCUAUACACUAUCUAUCUAUUUACACUCUAUCUAUUUAUAUAGCUAUACAUUAUCUAUCUAUCAAUCUAUCUAUCUAUCUAUCUAUACAGUAUCGAUCUAUUAUCUGUCUAUCUAUCUAUCUAUCUAUCUAUCUAUCUAUCUAUCUAUCUAUCCUCUCUCUAUAUAUCCUCUCUCUGUCUAUCUAUCUAUCUAUCUAUCUAUCUAUCUAUCUAUCUAUCUAUCUAUCUAUCAUCUAGCUAUACAGUAUAUAUCAAUUAUCCAUCUAUCUAUACAGUAUCUAUCUAUCUAUCUAUCUAUCUAUCUAUCGCUCUCAAUACUGACUGCCAGAUGUAAAGGGUGGAGCUUAUAACAAUGACUGACAGGGAGCUAAGAUAGAGGCACCCAGAGUGGAUUGUUACAUUAAAUAAAUUUUUUAAGCCUGGAGUAAAACCCGGAGUGAAAUCAAAUGUUUGCCAGUAAAUUGCUGGUAUUCCUUUCCGUCAGAAUUGUAAACAGAGCUGCUGAAUGUUUCAUUCUAGUGAUUCAGUGAAUGUGAGGAAACAUUGCCCGUUGUGUUUGAAAUAACAUGUUUAUUGAUAAAAAAGAAAACGUGUAACAGUGUAUUGUAAAUAUUUACCUUUGCUUAAUUUGGAGGUAAAAGCCCGGAGCAUGGGUUUAUAGAUGAUAUAUAAUGCAUUUACUGUUUGUUUGAGGCUGGAUUAACACACAACAUUGAAUGUCUGUGAAUAACGAUUGUUCUGUGUUUAUUAAUAGACAAUGUUGACAUUAACCCACUUAAUGAUGAAUUCUGGAAAACACUCAGACUCCAUUUUCCAGCUCGUCCCACCGCAGGGGGCACCCAGCCAAGCAUCGGAAUUUGGGGCGAUUACUGCAGGAGAAGGAGCGGAGGAAUUUUUUUGUGAUGAAAGAACAAAGGGGUCAUUUAAGUAUCGCUGGGCUGUUACUGCAAAACAAACCAUAAAGCUUAAUAACAAAGCCAAAAAUACACGGUUUCUGAAUCGACGCUUUGCAGCUGACAGUCAUUUAAGAGAUGUAACCCUUUCCCUCGAAAGAAAAUAUUUGUAAGUGUUAGACCUGAUAUUGUCUCUUUUCACACAGAGCAGAUUAUCCCAAACACAGGAAGAUUGAUAAAUCUAUGUAACAAAGUGCAAUUUCCCACCUAUAAUCUGUAAUAAAAUAUCUGAAUAGUAAUUAAUCACAUUUCGCUGCUGCUCGCUUGUUUGCUCCUUUUUCUUAAUAUAAAAAUACAGAUGGUAACUGUGUCCCAGUGUUGGGAAGAUUUUACUGAACUCCGAUGCAUGGCUGACUUGUAUGAGUGAGUUUUGAAUCCAUUUGCAUGUUGUAAACACGUCAUGUGCACAUGUUACAUCAUACAACCAUCCAUAUGUCUAUUGAAUCAUAUCCGCUGGUUAAGGACUGACUAUUCUACGUCCUAGCCACGUGCAAAUGGCUGCAGGAGUCAUAUGAAGCGAUCCAUGAUGUCAGAACGAUUUAAUAUUAUCGUUUUCAAUAUAAAUGGAUUUUUGCAAAAAAACAAAAUUAUUUUAAAAAGUAAGGAUUAAAGAACCUUUACUUUUAUCUCAAUGAAACGGUCUGGGUACCGUGGCCUUUGAACCCUGUGAUGUAAAACGUUGCAAUUUUUUUUAGAAACAGUAAUGCUUUCAUUGCAAGGUUAAACACACCUCUAGUAUCUGUCACACUGUCACACAGACAGCCACUAGAGGCGCUCCCGCUGCACUGACUGAGUGAAACUUGUUCACAUGACAUUGCAGCGCAUAGAAAACAAUUGAAUUCAAUGUUUUCCUAUGAGAAGCAUUGCAUGCGCACAUGUUGCUCACAGGCCAUCAGGACUCCAAUGCACCUCAUUGAACCAGCGAUGGGUGAAGCGAUGUCUCCUCCACAACAUCACAAGAGGGAGAGAGGUCGGCAGCGCCAAGGAAGUCUCGGCACUGGAAAAAGAUAAGUAAACGUUUUUUAAAUCUAACAGAUGGCAAGCCUUAGAUCUGACUAUGGACAGGGAUACUAUUGUGUGUGCGUUAGGAAUACAAGUUUGUAUCCCUAACGCUAUAGUGUUCCUUUAAUACGUGUCACCUGGACUGUCUCUUUAAAUUAGAGUGUUUGUGGCUCUGUUUUAGACAGGCUACAGAACAUAUUGGUAUUAAAGUUCAAUUAGUCAAACUGAACUAAACUCCAAAUAUGUUUUAUAACUAUAUUUCUACAUUGUUUAAUUUGAUAACAUGUAUUAAAUAGAUGCAGAGCGAUACAGGCUGAAAAAUAUUUCCACAUUGUUACUGUUCUUACAGUAAAGGACCCUUAAACCUGCCCUAUGUUAAAUCCAAUUCUUUAUGUCUUAAAAUGUAACAUUGUCUCCUUUCUCCAGUGCUAUUAAUGAACAGGUAACUAGAGAACAAUUUGUACUGGCUAUGUGUAUAUUUGUACACUGUUAUCCCCUCUGAGAGACUUUAUUUCUAAAGUGAAGCUUAGGUUUUCUAGUCUUUAAUAUCUUCCAUUCCCCUAUUUUGUAGACUGUCUCUGUAGUCUUUCUAAUUCUAUGACAUCCUUGUUUAGAAUGGGCAUAACUGCAUUACAUGUUAAAGGUGGAGUCUUAAAGGAACACUGUAGGGUCAGGAACACGAACAUGUAUUCCUGACCCUAUAGUGUUAAAAACAUGAUCUAGCUUCACCUGCACCCCCUCCCUUGCCCUCCAUAAAUAUAGUAAAAUCUUACUUUUAUUUCAGUCUGCUGCUUGCUCUGCCCCUGAUCUGCUUGGCUGACAUAAUCAGAAGUGGUGAAAUGAGCCAAUCACAAUGCUUUCCAAUGGUGGAUGUGUGGGUUGUACUUUCGAUUAGAGAUGUGUAAGAGUAGACUGUGUGAAGCCCCUUCCUCCUGAUUGAGGUGCAGUAUAUCUGUGUGCUGUGUAGGCUACUCUGGUAGUAACCCUAAUCUAGGGAUUGUCAGGUGGGGGGGUUAGGUAUUGUGUCACAGUAUGCAUUACGUUGUUGCGCUUGUGGGCCAGUGCGACCUUCUGCUGACACAUGUAUAUGUUUGAACGGUAGGGGCCUGAGUGGCCCUGAUCAGUAACAAUGUGUAGAAACAGUAGGACCAAACUGUAAACAUGGGAAAAGGCAGCCAUAAAUGGGAAAAUAAAGACAAAUGAAGAACUGAAAACUCUGCAUAGCCUUUGAUCAAGUUAGGAUAGGAGACUUCUCCUCCCAUACCUGUCAAGUGGCCAGUGGGUUCUCUCAUCUGGCUCUUGGUGUAAACAGCUCAAUUGUCGCCUGGUCCCAGAUCGGGGAGUUGUUCUGGCCAAUCAGAGACCUAUUCAAGGUUUUUUAUUUUGCCGGUGCUGCAGAUCUUGUUUGGAUGCAGGGUCUGUGCUUUCCUCCCACUGUUGUGGUCGGUGGGUGUGAGGCUUGCUUCUGACGAUUAGCCUGUGGGCAUAUUGUGGUGUCUGGGCCCUCCGCGGCUGCUAUCUUAGCUUUAGCCGCUGGAGCAUUGUGCAUAUAUUAGGCUCUACAGCUGCCGUACCUGGUUGGGGCUUCUGGGUUCUAUGCCCCAUCGCUGGGACAAUGUGGUCGGUGCUUUGCUUUACCUGGUCUCCCGUGUCUUGCCAAGCAGAUGAUCCAGGCUGUAGAAGGCCGGGUUGAGGUAGGCCCUAUCUCUGCCCUUUUGCUUAGCCUGUUUUGGAGUGUACCAGAAGGGCAUCGGGUGAUUGGGUCUGGCACAUUUGGCUCCAGAUGGCUUGGGUAAUUCGGGAUUGUAUGGUGAUUGAUUUUGUAAAUUCGGGAGCAGACAGAAAUGGCACCUAGUCCGACUCUCUGUUAAACUUCGCCCCCCAUUUUUCACUAAAGAUACAGAUAUAACUCCUCCAGUUGCUAAACUCCUGGGGAAACCUCACUACCUACCUCAGCGUUUACUCACAUUGGACAUCGCAGCAAACUCAGGAAAACUCUGCUAUGUUUGAAUACAUAUCUCGAGUUCAUCACCACAAACACCAAAAAUUAGCACUCUCAAUCAAUAACUGAAAACGCAUCCAUUGUUACAUUUUAUCUCAUUAUCUUUAAUUAAUACAAGUCGAAAGAAACUUUAGUCAUUUCUUUUCAAUAUUUUCUUAUACAUAAAGUCAGUUACAAUGUCCCGCUAUGUUGUCUUCUGUUGAGUGGAUAACAAAUGGUUUGUUAGUUUGUUCCUAUUCAAUAAAUUGAUGUGUUAAUGGUUAGGGCUUCAAUUAGGCUAUAAAUGCGUGGCUCUUUCCUUAGUAAAAGGCCAUGGGCAGGGAGACGUGGGAUAAUAGACUGACUUGGACAGUAUCUACUGGAUGAAUGGAAUGUAGAGAGGAAAACAAGAACAAAAUGGAGAAUAAGAAAAUAUAGAGAGAGAGAGAGAGUGAGAGAGAGAGUGAGAGAGGAGAGAGAGAGAUUGAGAGAAGAUGAGGAGAGAGAGGGGAUAACGAGAGACAGGGCUGGCCUUUGGCCAUUAGGCGCCCUGUGCAAAAAGUCUUCACAGCACCCCCCCCCCUCGACCAAGUUGCCUGUAUGCAGUCGAGGGGGGGCAGACAGUCACACUAACAGUUACAAGCAGACAGUCAGUCAUAAUCAGUUACAGGCAGACAGUCUCACACACACACACACACACACAUAGUUACAGGCAGAGAGUCACAGAGCCAAGCACACAGUUUAAGGCAGACAAUCACAAACAGUUACAUGCACACACACAGUUACAGGCAUACAGUCACACACGCAGUCACAAGCAGAUAGUCACACAUACUCCAUUACAAGCAGUCAUAUACACUUGGUUACAGGCAUGCAGACACUCACACACGCUGAUAGGCACUCACACACUCAGUUAAAGGCAGAUAGUCACAGGCACACACAAAGGCAAACUGUCACACACAGGCAGGCAGACAGUCACACACACACACGCACACAUACACACACAGAGGCAGUCACACAGACAGCCACACACACACACACACACACACACACACAGAGGCAAUCACACAGACAGACAGACACACACACACACACACACAGGCAGGCCGUCACACAGACAGACAGCCAUACACACACACUGUAAGAAAACCUAGGAUUUCCAAUCCCCAUUGGGUAGUUUCCUCCCGAACCGCCAGAGCAUCAGUGAUUACAGCACCCGUUCGGUAGAUGCAAUAAACAAAAUCCAUACGAAUACAAUAGCUUUACAAGAUGAUUCCCUUAAUAAAGAAUACGAAUCCCCAAACAUCAGCCGAAGUCAAGAAGAAGGGUGCAACAAAAUUAGCUUUUAUGCAAGUCCCCAUGCAAAGGGACAUCCCACAGAGAAGGACAAAGUACAUCCAAUCAUUUUACAAGAAAACGUAAAACACUCCCAGCACAAACAUAUAAUUCCCUCCCCCUAGUCCUGGAGGUAAUCAAGUCUGAUAAAGUAAUAACUUGAUUAUCUCCAGGCAGAAAAAUAACAGUUUUCCCCAAUAUUCAGAACACCCGUUUAGGCAUAUGGUAUCCCCACAAACAAUAUGUUCCCUGAUCGACCCGAUCUGGGUGACCAACAUAUUCAAAUUUCACCCAGAUCGGUUCAGGGGUUCUCAAAAAAUAUGAAAGUCUUUUGGGACCGGCUAACCGCCAGGUGGCUGCCCAAAAUAGUUCCAUGAGUUUGGGUAGUUUUGCCGGUCUAUUUCGUUAAGUAGCAAAAACCGAAUAAUCCCACAAAUGGUUUCCCCUAGCUCUUAGCAGCGAUUGUUCCCCUCAUUCCAAUGAACAAAAGUACAGAACAGCGCUCUUCUAGCUGUUCGGGAAAUAAAGAUCCAGCAUUCGUUUGUUGAGACCGGUGUUCGGGAAGUCGAGUGUCCCUAAACUUCUUCCUGUACGCAUCUAGGGUAACAAUGUAUCAGGCCAACAAAAUGUCUUUUACCUUGCCAUAAUUGUGUAUGUCCCCAUCAGGUACUGCUCGCAAUGCAUCUGCUGCUCUUCCUGAUAGCUUGCUGCGAAGUAUUGCAGCCCAUUUUGUGGAGUCUAAUCCCACCAGCGCACAUUGACAUUCAAAGUCUUGUAGUAAACUGUCAAUUUCCAUGUCAUUAUCAUUAAAAGUUUUAAACACUGCGUAGUUUACCUUCUUUGGUAGGUCAUUUGUACUUCCCGGGGAGUGUAGCAAAUCCCCCUGUACCGCUCUGUCUCGAUCAUCUCGCUCUUUUUGCGAUUGCCUGGCUUGUGCCAUGACAUGCAGAACUGCCUCUGUUGAUGGAUUGGGUCCCAAUACACUGAGCAGCCAUCUGAUAUCCUUCUGCAUCUCGGUUUCUUCCUCGUGCUCCAUCUCUGUAUUACUGGUUCCAUCGCUCUGUAUUAAAUCCGCAAUUAAUGUGGAUUUGUCUUGUUACUUGCCACUACGCCUCGAGCUUCCAGUAAAACUUUUAGCGUGGAUCUUUUAAGUAGCUGGUAUUGCUGAGCCAUCCAUUCCCUUGCUUGGUUCAGAAGGUCCAUUCGGAAUUCGAAUCCCACUGCUGCCACCAGUUGUAAGGAAACCUAGGAUAUCCAAUCCCCAUUCUGUAUUUUCCUCCAUAACCGCCAGAGCAUCAGUAAUUAUAGCUCUCCGUUCGGUAGAUGCAAUAAACGAAAUCCAUACGAAUACAAUAGCUUUACAAGAUGAUUCCCUUAAUAAUUCCCAAACAUCAGCCGAAGUCUAGACGAAGGGUGCAACAGAACUGACUUUUAAUUAUCACACACUUGCUUUUAUGCAAGUCCCCAUGCAAGGGAACAUCCCACAGAGAGGGACAAAGUACAUCCAAUCAUUUUACAAGAAAACGUAAAACACUCCCAGCACAAACAUACAAUUCCCUCCCCUAGUCCUGGAGAUAAUCAAGUCUGAUAAAGUAAUAACUUGAUUAUCUCCAGGCAGAAAAAUUACAGUUUUCCCCAAUAUUCAGAACACCUCUUUUGGCAUAUGGUAUUCUCACAAACAAUAUGUCCCCUGAUAGCCCCGAUCUGGGUGACCAACAUAUUCAAAUUUCACCCAGAUCGGUUCAGGGGUUCUCAAAAAAUAUGGAAGUCUUUUGUGACCGGCUAACCGCGAGGUGGCUGCCCAAAAUAGUUCCAUGAGUUUGGGUAGUUUUGCCGGUCUAUUUCGUUAAGUAGCAAAAACUGAAUAAUCCCACGAAUGGUUUCCCCUAGCUCUUAGCAGUGAUUGUUCCCCUUAUUCUAAUGAACAAAAGUACCGAACAGCGGUACUUCUACUAAAUGAACAGGGAAGAAAUAUUGAACAUAAAAGGGGGAUUUCUUCACACACACACACAGGCAGGCAGUCACACUAACAGACAGUCACACACACAGGCAGGCAGUCAGAAACACAGGCAGGCAGACAGACAGUCACACACACAGGCAAGCAGUCACACACACACACAUACACACUGGCAGUCAGACAGACGGUCACACACACACAGGCAGGCAGUCACAUAGACACACACACACAGGCAGGCAGUCAUAAACACAGACAGGCUACCAGACAGACAGUCACACGUAGUCACACAUACAGGCAGGCAGACACACAGACAGACAGUCACACACACAGGCAGGCAGUCAGACAGACAGUCACACACAGACAGGCAGACACACAGACACACACACACACACACACACACACACACACACACACACAGGCAAACAGUCACAAAUAGCCAGGCAGUCACACACAUGCACACACACACACACACAAACACACAAACACACACAAGCAAACAGUCAAAAAUAAACAGGCAGUCACACACACACACACACACACACACAGACAGCCACACACACACACACACACACACACACAAGCAAACAGUCACAAAUAAACAGGCAGUCACACACACACACACACACACACACAGGCAGUCCCACACCACACACAGACUUACCUCUUUCCAUUAUGGCUAGAAGGGGGAUGCAGUUCCUGUGCAGCCGUUACCAGGGGCUUCGGGUAGGUAUUGGCUAAGCCCCGCCCCCACUGCCUCAAUUUUUUUUUUUGUAAACCUGUUUUGGCUCCCCUGACACAGGCAAUGUGUGAGAUGUGUGGUCCACAUGGCACCCCCUGCUCCAUGGCACCCUGUGCGGCCGCACAGCUCGCACACCCCUAAGGCCAGCCCUGGCGAGAGAGGAAAGACAGAGAGAAAGGGGAUAGAGAGAGGAUAGAGGGAUAGAGAUAGUGGAUAAAGAAAAAAGAGAGAGCGAUGAUAUAGAGAGAAAGACAGAGGAUAGAGAUAGAUAGAUAGUUAGAGAAGAUAGAGAGAGAGAGAGAGAGAGAGAGAGAGAGAGAGAGAUCCAUGAACUUGUGGCAAUAAUGGCAACUGAUAAUGUAGAUUUAGUCACUGUUACUGAGACAUGGUAUAAUGAGAAAAAUGACUGGGACAUAGCAAUACCAGGAUACUUUUUAUAUAGAAAAGACAGGGAAGGCAAGAAAGGGGGAGGGGUGGCCCUGUAUGUGAAGGAUAGCAUAAAAUCUAGCCUAAUAAAAGUUAGUGAGGCAAACAUAGAGUCUGUUUGGGUUACAUUAGAAUUUGGUAAUUACACAGUAACUGUGUAGGUGUGAUUUAUAGGCCCCCAGGACAAAUUGAAGAGUUAGAUAAUCUACUAGUUGAGGAAAUUGCUAAAAUGACAAUGAAGGGGGAAGUUAUCAUUAUGGGUGACUUUAAUCUUCCUGAUGUGAACUGGAAAACCAAAAUAGCUGCUUGUGCCAGGAGCACACAUAUUCUAAACUCCUUACUGGGAUUGUCUCUAAACCAACUCGUUAAGGAAGCAACUCGUAAGGAGGCCAUACUAGAUUUAGUGUUAACAAAUUGAGAUUUGGUAUCAGAUAUUACUGUAGGUGAAAGUUUAGGAUCCAGUGAUCAUCAGUCAGUGUGGUUUAAUAUAAGAACAGUGACUGAGUCACACCACACAAAAACAAAAGUUUUAGACGUUAGAAAAACAGAUAUUUCUAAAAUUAGAAUUUGUUUAAAGUAGUCAUUAUCAGACUGGAGCAAUUUAAAUGGAGUCCAAGAGAAAUGGGAUUAUUUAAAAGUUGCACUGCUGAAGGCAACAGAAAAUUGCUUUAGGCUUGUCAGGACAAAUGAGUCAUUUGUUACAUGUGAGUUUACAGAGGAAGAGGUUCUAUUUCAACUGUCAAAAAUAAAGACAAAUAAGUCAAUGGGACCUGAUGGAAUACACCCAAAGUUAUUAAAAGAUCUUAAUGGUGUACUAGCAAAACCAUUAACAGAUUUAUUUAACCAAUCAUUGUUAACAGGAGUAGUCCCAGAAGAUUGGAAGUUAGCAAAUGUUGUGCCCAUUCACAAGAAAGGUAUUAGGGAGGAGUUGGUCAACAAUAGGCCAGGAAGCCUUAAUUCAGUAGUGGGGAAAGUGAUGGAAACCAUGUUAAAGGAUAGGAUUGUUGAACAUCUAAAAUCACAUGGAUUUCAAGAUCAGAGACAACAUGGGUUUACUUCGGAGAGAUCAUGCCAAACUAAUAUUAUUGAAUUUUUUUUUAUUGGGUAACUAAAAUAAUAGAUAUGGGUGGUGCAGUAGACAUUGCUUACCUAGAUUUUAGUAAGGCUUUUGACACUUUUGCACAUAGAAGGCUUAUCAAUAAACUGCAAUCUUUAAGUUUGGAUUCCAAUAUUGUUGAAUGGGUAAGGCAGUGGCUGAGUGACAGGCAACAGAGGGUUGUAGUCAAUGGAGUAUAUUUGAAGCAUGGGCUUGUCACCAGUGGGAUACCUCAGGGAUCUGUACUUGGACCCACUCUCUUUAAUAUUUUUAUUAGUGAUAUUGCAGAAGGUCUUGAUGGUAAGGUAUGUCUUUUUGCUGAUGAUACUAAGAUAUGUAACAGGGUUGAUGUUCCAGGAGGAAUAGCCAAAUGGCACAUGAUUUAGGUAAACUAGAAAAAUGGUCAGAGUUGUGGCAGAUGACAUUUAAUGUGGAUAAGUGCAAGAUAAUACAUCUUGGACGUAAAAAUCCAAGGGCAGAGUACAGAAUAUUUGAGUCCUAACCUAAAGAUCUGAGGAAAGGGAUUUAGGGGUGAUUAUUUCUGAUGAACUAAAGGUAGGCAGACAAUGUAAUAGAGCAGCAGGAAAUGCUAGCAGAAUGCUUGGUUGUAUAGGGAGAGGUAUUAGCAGUAGAAAGAGGGAAGUGCUCAUGCCAUUGUACAGGACACUGGUGAGACCUCACUUGGAGUAUUGUACACAGUACUGGAGACCGUAUCUUCAGAAGGAUAUUGAUACCUUAGAGAGGGUUCAGAGAAGGGCUACUAAACUGGUUCAUGGAUUGCGGGAUAAAACUUACCAGGAAAGGUUAAAGGAUCUUAACAUGUAUAGCUUGGAGGAAAGACUAGACAGGGGGGAUAUGAUAGAAACAUUUAAAUACAUAAAGGGAAUCAGCACAGUAAAGGAGGAGACUAUAUUUUAAUCUAAUUUAAGAGGACAUACACUUAAUUUAGAGGGGCAAAGGUUUAAAAAUAAUAUCAGGAAGUAUUACUUUACUGAGAGGGUAGUGGAUGCAUGGAAAUGGUAGAGGUUAACACAGUGAGGGAGUUUAAGCAUGCGUGGGAUAGGCAUAAGGCUAUCUUGUGAAGUGAACCGCAUUUUGGGAGGAAUGUGUGUCCAAUAAGGUGCUAGGGUCAAGGAUAAAUUAGUUACAGCAGCUCAAAACACUUGAGGGGAAAUACCCCAAAAAGUCCAAAGUCUAUGAGGUGAUAUAAGUGGAAGACCUACACCUAUAAGUGGAAUGCUGAAAGAAUGAGGGGGUACACUUACCCUACAUAACGUGAUAGCAAGCUUGGUGUAUAUAGUACAUGUGAAAAGAAAUGCAAAAAGGCAAUAUAGUGCAGAUGGUACAUCAAAAUAAAAUUAGAUUAAAUGGUGGUGAAGUGAAAACUGGCUCCGUAAUCAGGAUCGCAUGCUUUUAAGGCAGCAUCACACCUACAAUCCACAAAAUUAUGAGAGGAGAGAGAGAAAGGAGAGAGGAUAAAGAUAGAGAGAGAGACAAAGAGAGAAAGGAGAGAGGAUAAAGAUAGAGAGAGAGUGAGAGAGAGAGAGAAAGGAGAGAUGAUAUAGAGAGAAGAUAGAGGAGAGAGAGAGAGAGGAGAGAGAAAGGUGAGAUGAUACAGAGAGAGGAUAGAGGAGAGAGAGAGAGGAGAGAGAGAAAGGGAGAAAGGAGAGAGAGAGAGAGAGAGAGAGAGAGAGAGAGAGAGAGAGGGGAGAGAGAGGAGAGAGAGAGAGAGGGGGGAUAGAGGAGAGCGAGAGAGAGGAGAGAGAGAAAGGGAGAGAGAGAGGAGAGAGAGAUGAGUGAGAGAGAGAGGAUAGAGUGAGAGAGGAUAGAGGAGAGCGAGAGAGAGAGGAGAGAGAGGAGAGAGAGAGAAAGGGAGAAAGAGGAGAGAGAGAAAGAGAGAGAGAGGAGAGAGAGAGAGAAAGGAGAGAUGAUAUAGAGAGAGGAUAGAGGAGAGAGAGCGGAGAGAGAGGAGAGAGAGAAAGGGAGAGAGAGAGAGGAGAGAGAGAGAUGAGUGAGAGAGGAGAGAGAGAGGAGAGAGAGAAAGGAGAUAUGAUAUAGAGAGAGGAUAUAUAGAGAGAGAGAGGAUAGAGAGAAAGGGAGAGAGGGAGGAUAUAGAGAGAGAGGAGUGAGAGAGAGGAGAGAGAGAUGAAUGAGAGAGGAGAGAGGUGAGAGAAGAGAGAAGAGAGAGAGAGGAGAGAGAGAAGGGGAGAGAGGAUAGAGAGAGAGGAUAGAGAGAAAGGGAGAGAGGGAGGAUAUAGAGAGAGAGGAGUGAGAGACAGGAGAGAGAGAUGAGUGAGAGAGGAGAGAGGAGAGAGAGAGAAAGGAGAGAUGAUAUAGAGAGAGGAUAGAGAGAGAGAGAGGAGAGAGGAGAGCGAGAGAGAGGAGAGAGAGGAGAGAGAGAGAGAGAAAGGCAGAGAGAGAGGAGAGAGAGAAAGGGAGAGAGAGGAUAGAGAGAGAGGAGUGAGAGAGAGAAGAGAGAGAAAGGAGAGAGAGAGAGAGAGAGAGGGGACAGAGAGAGGAUAGAUAGAGAGAGAGAAACAGAGAAACAGAAAUAUUUGCAAGAGAGAAAUAAACAGGAAAAGUGUGAAAAAGAAAAAAAAGAGAUGGAAUGAAAUGGAGAAUGCAAGACAAAGAUAAAUAAAAAGAGAAAGCGAGAAAUGGUGACAAUUAGAGGAACAAAAUAGACAGAAAGGAGGAGAGAGAAAUAAUGUGAGAUGGAGAAAAAUAAAGAAAGGAGAGAAAGAAAUAGAUGAAGAAAAAGAGAGUGAAAAAGUGAGUCAGCGACCGAGAGAGAUAGAGAGAGAGAGGGAGAGAGAGAGAGAGAAAGGGAGAGAGGAUAGAGAGAGAGAGAGGAGUGAGAGAGAGGACAGAGAGAGGGGACAGGGAGAGGAUAGAGAGAGAAAGAGAAACAGAAAUAUUUGCAAGAGAGAAAUAAACAGGAAAAGUGUGAAAAAGAAAAAAAAGAGAUGGAAUGAAAUGGAGAACGCAAGACAAAGAUAAAUAAAAAGAGAAAGCGAGAAAUGGUGACAAUUAGAGGAACAAAAUAGACAGAAAGGAGGAGAGAGAAAUAAUGUGAGAUGGAGAAAAAUAAAGAAAAGAGAGAAAGAAAUAGAUGAAGAAAAAGAGAGUGAAAAAGUGAGUCAGCGACCGAGAGAGAGAUAGAGAUAGAGAGAGAGAAAGGGAGAGAGAGAGGAUAGAGAGAGAGAGAGAGAGAGAGAGAGAGGUCGAGACUGAAAGUAUAGUAAAUAAAGUGAUAGAGAGAAUGGGAGGAGAGGGAGUAGACCUCUGGCUGGGAGGAGGCAGAGACAGACAGAUUACAGAUAUAGGGGGGCGGGUGGGAAGGGGAGAGUUUAGAAAGUGAAAACAGGAUCAGUUUAUGUGUCCUUAUACAGAGGGACAGACAGCAGAGGAUACACCCACAGCCUGCAAUCACUCCCGGAGAGACCCUGACUCUGUGCGUAUACUGUGUGUGAUGUUUGUGUGUCCUGUAACCGUUAAAUAAUGUUUAUCCUCUAUCCAGGUCCCGUGUCACAGAACUUCCCAUUUUUCUCAUUACUAUGUAACUGUUAACACAUUAUCGGGCAUUUAACAUUCAUUUAGCUAAACGUUAACUCUGAAGAUUUCAUAACUAUUUAUAUCAUAUCAUACAGGAUACAUGUAGCUGGGUUUUAUAUAGAACACGCGUUUUGCUCCCGAGAUGGCUGGCUGGGAAUUUUAACAUUACAGGAGAGGAUCUCUAUUAUUUAUUAUUUAUUACUGGUAUUUAUAAAGCGCCAACAGAUUCCGCAGCGCUGUACAGUUAGUGUAGAACAUACAAAAUACACAAAAGGUAGAGAAGGCCUAAUUUCUAGGUCAAAGUUCUAAAAGUGGAGCAGUCGCCAUAGAAACCAAUGGAAUGUUCCUUGUGAUUGCUGUACUUUUUGUAGUUUGACCCAGAUCUGCUGUAUUUCAGCCAGUCAGUGCGACACCCCCUGUCUCUGAGCUGCGUCAGGUUUUCCUCUAUAAACCGUUAUAUGAGACAGACUGCCUUUGGGGUGUUCAGAAUCAUUAAAGGGGCCGUACUCUGCCCAGGACUCCAGGCACAAAAUGAAGGCAUCGAAUUAACACAACAACAUGCUGAAACUGUCUGCAAUCUAUAAUAACACUGAGUGUCACUGUGACACAACAUAUUGAUCAUUUUCAUCUUUUCCAUCACUCUUGUACUGUGCUAUCGUGUCCAUUUACAGAUUUAUUUAUUUUUAAAUGUCAUUUUAACUCUUUCUGUGCCGCACGUUUCAGCUUAGAGGGAACAUUGCUCUGUAGAUGCAGAUUUUUUGUUGUUUUUUUAUGAGUCCACGAGAUUUCAGUGACUGGAAGGGAGAUGUAAAAUGUUACUGUGACACUUUUAUUAUUAUUAUUUUAUUAUUUAUAAAGCGCCAUCAGAUUCUGUAGCGCUGUACAAUGGGAUGUAUUUAGAUGAUUAGAUACAGGUCAGGCACUAGUCUGCCUCUCUGCACCAGAGAUACAGUUUGCAGUGUUUAUGGUGGCUUUGCAUUUGUUAUGAGAUGUGUUUGAAUUGGGCUGAGCUGUAUUUGCCCCAACUGCUCCGAGCGUGGGGUAGAUGAGAAGGGGCCUGUAAGUGGGGCAUCAUUGGUCGUCUUCACAGCUGCUGAUAUACUUUGAUGGCCGCCAAAGUUAUAGAACAUGAUAAUUAGUUACAGAAACGUUCAAUACUUCACUUCUUUACAGUUUAUCUCUCUCUCUAAUAUAAUGGUGUUACUAUACAGAGAAUACACGUGUAUCUCUCUCUCUAAUAUACAGAGAAUAACAGUGUAUCUCUCUCUCUAAUAUAAUGGUGUUACUAUACAGAGAAUACACGUGUAUCUCUCUCUCUAAUAUACAGAGAAUAACAGUGUAUCUCUCUCUCUAAUAUAAUGGUGUUACUAUACAGAGAAUAACAGUGUAUCUCUCUCUCUAAUAUAAUGGUGUUACUAUACAGAGAAUAACAGUGUAUCUCUCUCUCUAAUAUAACGGUGUUACUAUACAGAGAAUAACAGUGUAUCUCUCUCUCUAAUAUAACGGUGUUACUAUACAGAGAAUAACAGUGUAUCUCUCUCUCUAAUAUAAUGGUGUUACUAUACAGAGAAUAACAGUGUAUCUCUUACUAGUAUUGUUAUGAUUGCUAUUUAUAUGUUGCUAAUAUACAUUACAAUGGUAAAUUAAACAAGAAAUGAAUUUCAAACAAACUAAUAAACAGAAUAAAGAGUUAAAUAGGGCCCUGGGCUUCUAAUCUAUAAUUUGUGUUAGCCAAAGUGGUAGCCAAAAAUAUAUAACAAUGUUCUCAUGGUCAUGCACUGGGUACAGAGGUCAAGGCUACAUAUACAUACAUGCAUAUUCUUCCCAUUUUAUUUAUCACAAUCCUAAAUGUUUAUAUAGUGCCAACAUAAUCUGCCCAUUUUAUUUAUCACAAUUCCAAAUGUUUAUAUAGUGCCAACAUAAUCUGCCCUCUUUAUUUAUCACAAUUCCAAAUGUUUAUAUAGUGCCAACAUAAACUGCCCACUUUAUUUAUCACAAUUCCAAAUGUUUAUAUAGUGCCAACAUAAUCUGCCCAUUUUAUUUAUCACAAUUCCAAAUGUUUAUAUAGUGCCAACAUAAUCUGCCCUCUUUAUUUAUCACAAUUCCAAAUGUUUAUAUAGUGCCAACAUAAACUGCCCACUUUAUUUAUCACAAUUCCAAAUGUUUAUAUAGUGCCAACAUAAUCUGCCCAUUUUAUUUAUCACAAUUCCAAAUGUUUAUAUAAUGCCAACAUAAUCUGCCCUCUUUAUUUAUCACAAUUCCAAAUGUUUAUAUAGUGCCAACAUAAACUGCCCACUUUAUUUAUCACAAUUCCAAAUGUUUAUAUAGUGCCAACAUAAUCUGCCCUCUUUAUUUAUCACAAUUCCAAAUGUUUAUAUAGUGCCAACAUAAACUGCCCACUUUAUUUAUCACAAUUCCAAAUGUUUAUAUAGUGCCGACAUAAUCUGCCCUCUUUAUUUACUACAAUUCCAAAUGUUUAUAUAGUGCCAACAUAAUCUGCCCACUUUAUUUACUACAAUUCCAAAUGUUUAUAUAGUGCCAACAUAAUCUGCCCACUUUAUUUAUCCCAAUUCCAAAUGUUUAUAUAGUGCCGACAUAAUCUGCCCUCUUUAUUUAUCACAAUUCCAAAUGUUUAUAUAGUGCCGACAUAAUCUGCCCACUUUAUUUAUCACAAUUCCAAAUGUUUAUAUAGUGCCAACAUAUUCUGCCCGUUUUAUUUAUCACAAUUCUAAAUGUUUAUAUAGUGCCGACAUAAUCUGCCCACUUUAUUUAUUGACGUAACAAUAGAGGUCACUGGGUCCGCAAAUGCGACCAAGUCCCUGUGUUAUAAUUGUCUCAUCCUGCCAAAUCCCUGUGAUGCCCACCAACCAGGGUACAGUUCUUUCUAACUAGGGGGCAUAGCAGCCAUAUGUAAACACAGUUACUAGAGAAAUAGUAAAUAUAGCUGUUCUGUACAUACAGUAAAUAUAUUACAUGGAAUACUCCGGAUCUGACGUUAAGAAUGUUAUGUUCCCAUCUCUCUAUAAAUCUGUGAGUUAUUUAAUGUUAUCUUGCAAUAUUGUCGUAGCUCACAGGGUUUCUGCUACAAUUAGACUUUUUUGGCAUAAAAUUAACUUUAGUGAAUAUCUUGCUAAGUGUCACUUCUUACAACCUCCACUGGGAGACGAUUCCCUUUACCCACAACAAUUUUAAAAAAAAAAUACUCCUACAUGGGAUCCUAAGGGUUUAUUUACUAAACAGUAAAGAGAAACAUUGGAUUGUGGGCAUUUCUCAUGUUUAACAGAUUGUUAAAAUACACUUCACCUCAUUUAACACUAGCACUAUUUAUAUAUUGGGGAUAUUGGGGUACUGUGACGUAAUUAGUGUAGGACCGACCGAUAUUGGGGUACUGUGACGUAAUUAGUGUAGGACCCACCGAUAUUGGGGUACUGUGACGUAAUUAGUGUAGGAUCCACCGAUAUUGGGGUACUGUGACGUAAUUAGUGUAGGACCUACUGAUAUUGGGGUACUGUGACGUAAUUAGUGUAGGACCCACCGAUAUUGGGGUACUGUGAUGUAAUUAGUGUAGGACCCACCGAUAUUGGGGUACUGUAAUGUAAUUAGUGUAGGACCCACCGAUAUUGGGGUACUGUGACUUAAUUAGUGUAGGACCCGCCGAUAUUGGGGUACUGUGACGUAAUUAGUGUAGGACCCACCGAUAUUGGGGUACUGUGACGUAAUUAGUGUAGGACCCACCCAUAUUGGGGUACUGUGACGUAAUUAGUGUAGGACCAACCGAUAUUGGGGUACUGUGACGUAAUUAGUGUCGUACCCACCCAUAUUGGGGUACUGUGAUGUAAUUAGUGUAGGACCCACUGAUAUUGGGGUACUGUGAUGUAAUUAGUGUUGGACCCAUCGAUAUUGGGGUACUGUGAUGUAAUUAGUGUAGGACCCACCCAUAUUGGGGUACUGUGACGUAAUUAGUGUAGGACCCACUGAUAUUGGGGUACUGUGAUGUAAUUAGUGUCGGACCCAUCGAUAUUAGGGUACUGUGAUGUAAUUAGUGUAGGACCCACCCAUAUUGGGGUACUGUGACGUAAUUAGUGUAGGACCCGCCGAUAUUGGGGUACUGUGACGUAAUUAGUGUAGGACCCACUGAUACUGGGGUACUGUGACGUAAUUAGUGUAGGACCCACCGAUAUUGGGGUACUGUGACGUAAUUAGUGUAGGACCCACCGAUAUUGGGGUACUGUGACGUAAUUAGUGUAGGAUCCACGGAUAUUGGGGUACUGUGACGUAAUUAGUGUAGGACCCCCUGAUAUUGGGGUACUGUGACGUAAUUAGUGUAGGACCCACCGAUAUUGGGGUACUGUGAAGUAGGGGUGAGCAUAACACAAUAUAGCCAUAUAGGGAGACUGAAUAUUUUUGAUUUUUUGUUUGCUGAGAUAGGGGAUUUAAGUAGCCUUAUAAAAUUGAAAUCUGUCUUUUUUUUGUGUGCACUUAAUCUGUAUAUUAUUUAUUAAACAGUGACUUACAGCAAUCUGUUAACAGACUUACAAAAUUAGGCAGCAAUGGACUGUUUUUCCCAAACUCCAAAUAUUAAAACUAACUGUUUAUUACUUUUAGACGUUGGUUUUCAUGUCCUUGUCAUAAUAUUCUUUUUUCCAACGUAUACUUAUGACCGUAACAGUGUAUGAAUUAUAGCCUUGAGGGGAGAUCCAGGUAAAUGGGAGAGAUUGGAUUUGGCUGAUUCGCCAUCACUGAUCACAUAUCUCUGAUUUACACUGAUGGUUGGACACGCACUUUAGUAUUUAGCGUUAACAUGCUGCAAGAGGGAAAGUAACUUCCCUGAUGCAGGCCAUACAUUCUGCACACUGCUGGGAAGCACUUUUCAUGCCCUGCCCACCAGCUGUAGAAAUGAUGUGCUUCGAGGGAAAAAUGAUGCAGGUUCUUUGAUUAUAUAAGAAGUAAAUUCUGUUUUUUAGAAACAUUGAGCAAACCAAGUAGUAAGAGAAAGAAUGAUCAGAUUCCAUUAAAACUGAGCACAAUACUGAGGUUUACUUAGAAGGUUGUCAGUGUUAUAUUAUUAUUAUUAUUAUUAUUAUUAUUAUUAUUAAGUGUUCUUGCAUAGCAAGACCACUUAUUGUUAUCUCACAUAUAUUCUUAUUAUUCUUAUUAUAGCCAAAUUUACCACCCUAACUCCUCCCACAGUUUUUACACUACAUAGACAAAAAUUACCAAAACGUGCAGAUUGUUCCCGAUCGGAUUGCUAUUACUUUGUGGAACGUUUCGCCGAAUGGUUCACGGAAUAUCGUCGUUCUUGUGGCGAAAUUUGUCCCAUAGGAAUGAAUGGCAAAGCUAGAGUGGGAGCUGGCAAAAGCUGAAAAAUCAGGACAUGAUUUCUAAACUGCCACCACUCCCUUAUUUUCAGGCCCACCUACACAAAUCUUAUAUCAAAACGUUCAGCUAUCCCUGCUGCCACUAAACAUGUCAACGGCUAAGCCAUAGUCCUGAUAGUUUUCACAAUAUAAUCAUUUGUUUGCAACUAACGCCGUCCAUUGACUUUCAUUGAAACUUCACUCUGCAAAGCUCAAAUUUGAAGUGCAAUUUCUAAACUGCGACUGUGCCUUCAAUUUUAAUACUUCAGAGACAUACUAUGCAUCAAAAUGUAGGUCUGGGUCUUGUGAUUCUCACAAUAUAAAGCUCUUCACUGUAGGAGUUAUAGUUUUUAAGAUACGACCGUUUGAAGAUGGCAACCACCAAAAUACUCUGACCUGUGUCAAGCUGCAGCAGCAAGUGAUGUCAUAGACAGGGCCUUUUGAACACCUGCUAAUGUUUUAUAAAUGUAUGGUUUAAUGUAACUGUGCAACAACGUUGCAAUUAAAUGUGCUAUAUAAAUAACAGUUACUCCGCCCACUCCAGUUGUAGACUACUGGUGGAGGCAAGAACACUUCACACAAUUUCCCCAGAAAUUGUAGCUUUUCUAGUUAUUAUUAUUCUUAUUUAUACAGUGCCAUCAGAUUCCAUUAAAGCUGAGCACAAUACUGAUGUUUUCUUAGAAGGUUGGUAGUGUUGCAUAAAUGCAGAACAAGCUGCAUUGUGCAGGGGGUUUACAGAAGGGAAGAAAUUCCGUGCUUGGAACAUCCCGGUAUAAAUAUAAAGCUUGGAGCUGCUGCCAGUUUCUAAAUAUAUCUGCUGCAGAGCCUCAGGGCGUUGGGGCACCUCCAUGCACGGACUGAGCCUUUCACGGACAUCCCGUACCUUGGACUCACAGAGCUUGUGUUACUAAAUCCAGAAAUACGUUACAAUGAAAUGUCAACAAGAUUUCCAAACAAAAAAAUCCUAUUUAUCAAAGAUGUUAGUGAUUGAUGGCAGAAUAAAGAGAAUGUUUUACAACCCUCGCUGUGCUGGAUCGAUGUCCUGUGAUUAUACCUGAGCGUUCUGUAAACUGCAACUCUGAGCUAAAGUUCUAAAAGGGGAGAUAUCACCAUGGAAACUAUUCUUCCUGCAGAUUGAAUCACCUUUAGAAUUAUGACCCCGGGCUUCACUCUGUGCGUAACCCCGGAGGGGAUCAGUUUUGGAGCAAAAAAAGCAAAAAACAAAACUGGGAACCCCUUGGUUUCAUGCGUACUGCUCCAGUGAUCCCUAGUACCGAGCUGAAUGAUGAUCUUUUGGGGAGACCAAGGAAUGUAUCUCAGACUGCUUCUACAAGAAGUCAUAUUUAUGUUUUUUUUUUUAUUUGCACAUUUCCAUGUGUCCGUAGGUCAUAAACAUUCAAGAAAAGUAAGAAAUCACACCAUUCAGACUGUGCAAGAAUCAGAGAUGGAGAAGGUUACCCAGGGCCCUAAGCAGGCUGCCAAAUUGGGCCACCUCCCAGAACCCUGAGCUCUGCUCUGUGAGUGUUGUAUGUGUGUGUGUGACAGUGUGUUUAGUGGCUGAGUGUUGUGUGUGUGGAAGAAGCCCAGCAUUGUUUGUUGGGGAGGCUGAAUGUGACUGUGUGUACUGGCUGAGUGAAAUUUGUGUAGCGACUGAAUAUUCUGUGCUAAGGAGUCUGAGUGUUGUGUGUGUGUAGGAGAGUCUUAGUGUUGUGUGUGUGAUUGUGUGUAGGGGAGUUUGAGUGCUGUUUGUGUGAUUGCGUGUAGGGGAGUCUGAGUGUUGUGUAUGAUUGUGGAUAAUGGAGUAUGAGUGCUGUGUGUGAUUGCUUGUAGGGGAGUCUGCGUGUUGAGUAUGAUUGUGGGUAAGGGAGUAUGAGUGCUGUGUGUGUGAUUGUGUGUUGGUGAGUCUGAAUGUUGUGUAUGAUUGUGGGUAAGGGAGUAUGAGUGUUGUAUGUGUGAUUGUGUGUAGGGGAGUCUAAGUGUUGUGUGUGUGAUUGUAUGUAGGGGUGUCUGAGCAUUGUGUGUGUGGUUGUAUGUAGGGGAAUCUGAGUGUUGUGUGUAAUUGUAUGUAGGGAAGUCUGUGUGUUGUGUGGGAUUGUGUGUAGGGGAGUCUCAGUGUUGUGUGAGUAAUUGUGUGUAGGGGAGUCUGAGUGUUAUGUGUGAUUGUAUGUAGGGGAGUCUGAGUGUUGUGUGUGAUUGUAUGUAGGGAAGUCUCCGUGUUGUGUGAGUAAUUGUAUGUAGGGGAGUCUGAGUGUUGUGUGUGAUUGUAUGUAGGGGGGUCUGAGUGUUGUGUGGGAUUGUGUGUAGGGGAGUCUCAGUGUUGUGUGAGUAACUGUGUGUAGGGGAGUCUGAGUGUUGUGUGGGAUUGUGUGUAGGGGAGUCUGAGUGUUGUGUGAGUAAUUGUGUGUAGGGUAGUCUGAGUGUUGUGUGUGAUUGUAUGUAGGGGAGUCUGAGCAUUGUGUGUGAUUGUAUGUAGGGGAGUCUGAGUGUUGUGUGUGAUUGUAUGUAGGUGAGUCUGAGCAUUGUGUGUGAUUGUAUGUAGGGGAGUCUGAGUGUUGUGUGUGAUUGUAUGUAGGGGAGUCUGAGUGUUGUGUGAGUAAUUGUGUGUAGGGUAGUCUGAGUGUUGUGUGUGAUUGUAUGUAGGGGAGUCUGAGCAUUGUGUGUGAUUGUAUGUAGGGGAGUCUGAGUGUUGUGUGUGAUUGUAUGUAGGUGAGUCUGAGCAUUGUGUGUGAUUGUAUGUAGGGGAGUCUGAGUGUUGUGUGUGAUUGUAUGUAGGGGAGUCUGAGUGUUGUGUGAGUAAUUGUGUGUAGGGUAGUCUGAGUGUUGUGUGUGAUUGUAUGUAGGGGAGUCUGAGCAUUGUGUGUGAUUGUAUGUAGGGGAGUCUGAGUGUUGUGUGUGAUUGUAUGUAGGGGAGUCUGAGCAUUGUGUGUGUGAUGCUGUUUGUUUUUAUCCUCUCUUCGGUAAUAAAAUGUAUCACACGAAUAGAAAACGAAAUUCUGUCCUUCAUUGCAGUUUAUCGUUUUACAUAUAUAUUGUCUGGUUUUUGGCAUUUUUUUUUUGAUUCUAUAAGACUUCAUUAGGAUCAAUAAUACAGAACAAUAACAAAACAGUAUAUCAAGUAAAAAGUAUUUUUAUGGUAGAAUUCGUAUUUCUGCUCGAGGAUUUAUAAACCUUAGACUUUAUGGAACAUUCAAAGCAGAUUGUGCAUUCCUUUGGCUGAUUUUAUUAUAAUGUGUUGUACUCUUCAUAUAAUCAUCCAAUUCAGCAGUAACUGAGAGGAAAACUGUGUCUUUUAUUUAUAUUGUACAGAAUAAAUGCGCUAUAAAAUCCAUCAUUUUAUUUCAUAACGUAGUUCUGCAUGUUUUACAAAUAAUCUGUUUUAAAUUUCUUUGAAUAACAGAAUAUUGAAAUGUAUGUUUGUUUAUCUGGAUCCAUAGAGCAUUAAAGGAUCAUUACAGUGUGCGUUAGUGGUUAUGGUGUCAGGAGUUCCUUUGCGACCUCGAUUGUUAUUCGUUAAAGCAUUUUGGAACAGUUUUGGCUACUUACCUGGGGUCCAUGCUGCUCCUUGACUUUACUAGAGCUGUGGGGAGUCAGUAGCCCUCUGUCUGAGCUCAUUGGCUGAGAGCGAUCAGUUAGCGGUUUCAGCCAAUGAGCUAGCGCUGCACUGCAGAACUUAGCUGAGGUGAGCUCCCUGAGGCUGCUGUAAGGAUGCGGUUAGCGAGGCCUGGAGCUCCCCAGGGCAGUUGUCAAACCAUUAUAAACCUGUUUGACUACUUAUAAUGGGGGGCACCAUAACUACUGCAGGGUGUUUCUUUAACUGAAUACAAUUUAAUGUCUUGAACUGGCACCAGUUGGGUUUGAAAAAUUCAGAGAGAUACCAAAUAGUUGACUGUAAAUUGCAAUGAGUGCUCAUGAAGGACAGUUCUGUAAUGUAUCUCCGAUUAGCCCCAAACAUGAUAAUCUGAGUUAAGGUAAUGCAGUGCUCGCUCCAAAAUUAGCAGCAAAAGAUUCUGCCGCUCCAUAUGCCGUAUAGGGAUUGUAAUGUUAAUCAAACUCCAAACCGGUGCUGAGUUGGACUCUAGUUGGGUAGUUUUCUCAGUCUGUAGCGCAAGGGCCUGUAACUGUGAAUUUCUAUAUUAACGCCAGUCUAUUGUCUCUUCUCAUUCCGUUACAGCACAAACAUGGCAGUUCGUCUCUUCCUCCUCUGUUCCUCCAUCGUGAUCACCGCAGCACUUGGUACGCGCCAAAUGUUAUGUUUGCAGAGAAUAUUAUGUAUCUUCCUGGAAAUAGUUUUAUUGUUCUAAUAUAUGUUUAACCCACCAAAUGCCCAAUCAUUAACCCUUUAGAUGCCUUACGGGUAUAAAAACAAUGCAUCACUUCAUGAUUUAAGGAAAAUAUCUACCUGUGCAAAUCAAGCAGAGCAUUUUUUUUUUUUUAUCGUUUUUAAUUUAAAUAAGUUUUCUGUCCUUAGAAAGGGCAGAUCAUAGCUAUUUGUGGAUAUACAGUGUAAGCUAAACUUGAGCAUUCGCUUUCAAACAGAUUGAAAAGCUUGAAAACCAGACAAAAGGAUGAAAGGCCACAAGGCUAUUCACCUCUAAGAGUGGAGCAAAUAGUUAUUAAUGUAAACACCUACCCUAUACUAGGGCCUUCUAGUAAUGUCUUUACAAUUUUCACACAAGUAACGACAUAAAUAACACAGGGAAAAAAACCAUAAAGGGGAAUAAUAGUGUAAAUCUGGGGAGGUGAUGUUUGUAGUGAAGUGGUUACUUCUUCUAACUUGAUCUGUGAACCAAACGGUGGUAAAUAUUAUAUUUACCGGCAACUGUUACUCAAAGCCAAUCGCUAACAGCUGCCGGUAUUCUGUCUUGGAUGAAAUCUGCGGCUGGCUCUAACCCUGACAUUACUUUUAGCCAUCCAAAUUGAUUAACUGACUAAUUGAUAAUGCGUGUGUAAUCUCGGUGUUGGUAAAUUGGCAAUGGUGGAUGGUCAGUUCCCAUUGAUGUGCAAUGCACCAAUCUGGUUAACAUUGUAUUAUUGUCGCUACCUGAAAAAUGAUUAAGGUGGAGCUGUACAUUUACUGCACGUUCACAAGGUAGAUUAGUAAAUCUUACAGUCAAGGUUGUGAAACCUCCAGUAAUUGUGAUUGCUCUCAGCACUCUCAGCCAGUAUUUCUGAGGCUGUGCUGUAAGCAGGGGAGCAGGGAAGGAUUGUCAGUUAUGGCUAUAGUAGAAGACUGUGUAUAUUCCAGCAUAUUUUUCCUGCCCCCUGAUUGUGCAUUGGUAACAAGUGCUCGUUAUUCUCAGUACAGACCAUUAGGUGCAGCGUGAUAUUAUGUAACAUUCCUGGAGAAUCUAUAUUAAGAGAACAACGCUCUGACCAAAUAAGGGAAGGUUAGUGUCCAACGACAAUCACUGGGGUCUAGAAAUUGGAUUUACCCUUCCACUGCUGGCGUGAGCAGCAGAAUACCUUCCUGGUUCCUGAUGGCUUCAUUGGAUGCUGCGGAGCUGCUGAUCAUUCAGAAAUGACACAGAGAUGAAAAGUGAUGUAUUCAGCGAAGAGUGAAUUGACCAACACUCAACGUGUGUAAGCCAGUUAGGAAGGAUUUCACUCCCUGAAUUUAGAGAGGAUUUCUGUACUUUAAGGACCAAAUUUAGGAACUCUCCUUCUAUGUUGUUAUAUGUAUUAAAGCCACAUCACAUUCUUUGCCAUUCGAAAAUGAUUUUAUUAGAUUGGAAAUAUUGCCAACACAGGCGAACCCGCUCCUCCUAGCACAUUUUAUGAGUACAAACUAGUUAUGAGGAGUUACGGUCUAAUUCGAUUGGCAAUAUUCCACUAUAAAAAAAUCAUUUUUGUACGGUAACAAAUGUUCCGAAUUGGGUACUUAAAUAUUAUUGUUUUCCGGUGGCCAAGUUUCGUGGACUGCUGCAAAGUAGUGAAUAAGAAUGGGACCCAGUGGGGUAGGCCGAUCAGCAGCUAAAAUUAAAGGAAUACAAAUUGGAGAUAGAUAGAAGAUUAGGUGCUCACUAUUAUUGUGGUGAGGCAGCAGUGAAUCUAAACAUGGAUUCCCAAACCUUGUGACAUACAAUACAAGCAAAAAAAACCAAUACAAAACUGAUAAACCGUGCCAAAAAUAUGUGUUAUCUUUCUUAUAGAGUAGUUUGUUCUAUACAUAUAUAUAUGUCAGAGAAAGCCUUCCGUUAUAAAGUGCUGAAUAUCUCAAAAACAAACAAGAAAUUUACAAAAGUGUAAAACGUAUUUUAGAUAUUAUAAACAGCAAAACACACAAUGAAGGUGCACUCACACUUUACAGAGCUACUAAGAGCAUUACAUUAAGCUGUAUAUUAUACAUUAAGCUGCAUACCGUACAUUAAGCUGCAUACUGUACAUUAAGCUGCAUACUGUACAUUAAGCUGUAUACGGUACAUUAAGCUGCAUACUGUACAUUAAGCUGUAUACUGUACAUUAAGCUGUAUACUGUACGUUAAGCUUUAUAUAAUACAUUAAGCGGUAUACCAUACAUUAAGCUGUAUACUGUACGUUAAGCUUUAUAUAAUACAUUAAGCUGUAUACGUUAAGCUUUAUAUAAUACAUUAAGCUGUAUACUGUACAUUAAGCUGUAUACCAUACAUUAAGCUGUAUACUGUACAUUAAGCUGUAAUUGUUCUGGCGACUAUAGUGUCCCUUUAAGUGAGUAGUGUAUAAUCCAUUUAAUCCAUUUAUUGCAGUAAGUUUCACUUGAAUCUAUUGCUCACUGAUUUGUCAGUGCAAAUGUUUAAGACUGGAUGUAUUUGAUUUCCUCCUGAUUAUAUUUGUAUUUCCUUUAUCAGAAUCAGAAGCAGAGAAGAAGGAGGAGGUACCUGACCCAUUUUAUUUCGGUAAGUCUGAAGAUAUUUAACUCUUUCCAUGAGAUUCCUACAUUCUAAUCUCCUCCCUGUAAGCAGAGCCCGAUCGCCUCUUGUUUCUGUAAUUCAGACUUUCAUUUCUGCAAUUACAUCUCAUCCACCCAUCGUGCAGUGCUCAGCAAUAUGUUGGUGCUUUACAUGUAAUUAUAGUGAUGAGUCAAUGCAGUGGUGUAGCUAGAGCUUGUGCCGCCCAGUGUGGUUCCUGGGUUUGUCGUCCCUUUCAGCCCGGCCUAAGGUGUUGCCGCGCCAGCUGUGAGGAAUACAGGAGGCAGGGAUGUGACGUGGUUCAUAUCCCCGCUCUCCCCACACAGCCUGUGGCAUGCUCCGGAGCCGUUGGACUGGACACAAGUGCUGGAGGAACACGGCCAUGCUCUGGAGCAUGCUUGGCCCUGUGUGCCACCCUAAAAAAUGUGCUGCCUGGGGCGAACCGCUCCCCCCCCACUCCCAUAGCUAUGCAACUGAGGCAAUAUGUUAAAUAAGCUGAGAAUGCUCACUUUGACUCCCAUGUGUAAAUAUAAAGGAGAUUUGUCUAAUGCUAGAAACAUCUAAUAAUCCAAUUUAAAUUAUUAUUCAAUAAAUGAAACACAAGGUAAGACUCCCUUUGCUGUGAGUUUCUUUAAGAAAGAUGAAACAUUAAAAAACAACAUAUGUUGUGGGUCAUAUUAAAAUCUCAAUAAACUGGUAACAGUCCGAUAUAUAUAUAUGAUAUUUCCAAUGUGAUGCGGGUUGAGUCUUUUUUUCUUGUGAGUUGUGAGCAUUCACUAGAUUCAGAAUUGAGCCGUAAUUGUAAUUAAUAACUAAUUGUAAUUCAUCCUAAUAGAUGAUGACAAGGGCGGCAAAAUACCGCCCCGGUCAGUGUGCCGCCUGGAGCCGUGGCCCCAUCGGGGUCUAUGGACAGGCUGACCCUGGAUAAGGUGUAGCAAUAUAUUCUAAAGUUUAUCGAAAUAACUACUGAAUUUGAGUUUCUUUUUUUAAUCUAUCCCAUCUUUAUUAAACAGACCAGAAAUUAGGGCAUCUCUUUGUUUUUAAUAAAUUAGUUAUAACUUCGGGUUUGGAUUUGCUGUAUGACUACGUGGCUAGACACUAUUGUUUCCAGCCUCACAGGAACCCAACUUUUUAAACAAACUCUCCCUCCUACCGAGCGACGAAAUGGUUCCGUAACCAGCGAGAGACACAAUGGCCCUAGCAAGCAAUCACUGACCGUGGAACAUUUAUAUUACCAGAGGGCAAAAGGGGCAAACGUUCAACCCAAAACACUCAGUGUGAUCGCACAUAGAGUCUACAGCAAUUAUAAUUUCUAUUAAUCCAGGCAUGAAUUCCCAAUAAGAUGAUUAAUUAAUUAACUGAAGAUAAUGGCUUUUCCCAAAAAACAGGAAAGUAGAGGAUUUAGGUUGCGAGAGAAUGUGUAAUGUUAGUUUUUCUCUUAGGAAGUUAAAAUUCUGUAAAGCUUGUUAAUAUUAGUCUUGAAAGGUUUCUCCCCUAAGGUUAAUUUACACCUAGACAAUAUGGACACGCUGGUUUUUACCUCUCCCCCCUCCCCCCCUUUCCGCAUUCUUGUGGGUAAAACCUGUGAUAGAAUUUUGGUGACAUUUUCUGCAAUUCUUCUUACUAAUUUGUUGGUUUUGGUUGUGCGACUCUAGAAAGGUUCUGCUCAUUGUAACAAUAUUUUAUGGGGACCUUUCCAUAACGAGUGUUUUAUUGAAAUCUGUCAGACAUAAAAUGAAAACUUUCAUAUUAUUAUUUUUCUGGUAUGACCUCAUUAGUUUUUAAUCCAAAUAAAACAGAUUUAUAAAAUGGCUUUAAUAUUAUCGUUUAGAUUGCACAGAGAUGAAACCAGUGAUGUGUCAAACAUUAAAACGACUCACAUUAAAUAUAUAGAAAAUAUGUUGAAUCUAAUUUUUAUCAGAAUUAUAUCAAAUUUACUAAAGAUAAAAUAAUCAGACACAUGCAAAAACUGCCCUGUUUUAUCAGCCUUUUAAACUUUGGUAUUUACGAAAGUGAAUUACUCCGGUUUUUGUUUUACCCUUCAUGUCGCUUAAAUUACAACGCAGCUGUUGUCGAAACUGUAACUGAAGUUGACUUUAAAUUAACCUUCAACUAUGAUUCACGAAUGAUGGAACACACAACUAUGGCACAAUUCAGAGGGAUAUCCUGCCAAAAUAAAUUGAUGAGUGUAUUCAGGGAGUGUUUUGGAAUAUUGAUUUUUCCUCCAAAAAACAGAUUGUGAUAGAUAACCCUUGGUAUAAAAUGUGCAUAGUAUGGCUAAUGAUUUUUGUAAACUUGGUUGCCAAAUGCUGCUCAUUCCUGAUUAAUUAAUUAAGUGUUGCGAUAUAUACCUAAAGCGGUGAAUCUGGGGAUUUCGUGAUUUAUUUAUGUUUUAUCUCCUCUAUUGUAGAUUACACGUCUCUUCGGAUCGGAGGUCUGGUCUUCGCUGGAGUUCUUUUUAUCCUCGGAAUACUCAUCAUUUUGAGUGAGUGAAUUAUGGGCACGAUUUCUCAUAGAAGGUCCUUGUCAUAUAGUCUACCAGACACAUCAGGAGUUAGUUAUAAAGUGCAAUUCAAGGGCAAAUUCCUAAAUGUGGAGAAAUCACCAUGGCAACCAAUGGAAUGUUUCUGCAAAUGCUUAGAAUGUUGCGCUGUACACGCUCUUCUUAUAGCAACAUUAUAGCGAGCUUGACGAUAUCCUUCUAACUGCAUGUUUAACUCGCUGACUGCCACAAUGCUGGGUAGAAAAUCACUUUAUUAUCCCUUUCCUUAAAGGAUUGUUCAUGCACCGAAGCCAAAACAAUAUUCUGAAAAUGACUGGAUCCCUGUGCAGACAGAUAAUGGACAAAGUGAAAAUACACACCAUGAAAACAUAGCACUACAGAGUUGGAAACAAACCUAAAAAUUAGUUAGAAAUAAACAUUUCUUAGACCUCUCUAAAUGGAAAUGAGCAGUUACUCGAUGAUGUCAUGACAUGAUGUCAAAAAAAGGGUUAACGCAUUUCACUUUUAUUUAGCUUGAUCCACAGAUACAACAAUAAAAUGUUACCUGCGGAUACUAACCAAGCCUUACAGAAAAAAAGGAUUUUCAUAAAUAUUAAUUUGGUGCUAACUCUAAACCUAGACAGUGUUUCACUAUAACUGUACUAGCCACAUCUCAGUCUGACAAAUUAUCUCACCCAUGGGAUCUUUACAACGAGCCCUUCUAUCUAAACUCUGUUACUAUCUCUAUCCCGUUGUAGGAAACAGAUUUAACGAAUAUUUAUAUUGUGAACAUGAUAAGGGACAAUUUAUAUUCAGACAAUCUAUGCCAGGCCUCAUUCACAUGAUCAAUACAACAAAUGAGGUCCGCCUACAAUCUAAGUACAUUGUCACCACGGUAACGUUUGGAUCAAUAGCAGUGAUUAGCCUAGAGUGUUAAUUUAUUCUCUGGUGACCUUUGCCAUUAUGCCCUUGUGUCAAUGUAAUUUAUUGACAUUUUUAUUAUAUUCUUACUCUGCCAAGUAAGACAAAAACAGCUUUGCAAAUUGAAAUGAAGGGCCCAUUCACUAAACCAUGCAGUUUGCACAGUCGAAAGCUGAAAAUUAAAAAUGAAGAAUGAAAACAUUCUCCAACCUCGCUGACCAGCUCAAUAAAAUCUCCAAAUUCAUUUAAACCCAUUAAAUUGCGUGCAUUGCGAUAAUUAAUGCAAUUAAAGCUUUGCAUUAUAAACUCUGCAAGCACAAGCUAUAGAUUCCAUUCUUUACACACCGACCCAAAAACCCAUGUAGGAAUAUGUGAGUGGGUGACAUAAUCUGAUUCACACAGGGAAUAGAAUGUACACACCCAUCACUCUCAGCCCAUCAUACAAUUGAAAUAAUUUUAUUUUGUCUCUAGUAACCACUCAUCCACAAAACAUGCAUUUAUCAUUUCACACACCGCGCGCAAAUAUGUGCAGUAGAUGCAUCCCAGCUCCCCCAUAAUCUGAGAUUCAAAAUCUCCCCAACUCUUACUUGCCCUCGUUUUCCAAAAUUAGGUGAACCUGCAACACUUAUACACAUCUAAACUAAUUCAUUCUGACAUUUACUUCCUUUAAUCAGUGAUCACAAGAGCCCAUUCACAGCCAGGACAUGACGCUUACAAUUUUAUUUUACGAGAUUGUUCCAGUUUUGUGUUAGAGCUUGGCUGGUAGGUUGUUGCAUGGUGUUGGGUUUUUUGGGUCCUCAGGAUUACAUCCCAUGGUUAAAAAUAAAAGACUAUUGGCUAAAAAAUCAUCUUGUGUUCAAUGCGAUCCGCGAUAACAGUGAGGCAACAGACGAGAGAAUUUCUAAAAAACAUGGACUAAUAUAUCCUAUGAUAACAAUUUGACUCUAAAAUGACAUCUGAUGCAUAUCUCUGAAUAUAGAACACAGCUAGUAUUAAAUGAAUAAUUAGAAAUGAUAAAUAUGGAAGGCAUCCCAUCCGGAUUACUAACACCUAAACAAAUAUAUAAAUCUCUUAAAUCUAUGUUUUGCAUUUAUAGGCCGAAAAUGUCGUUGUAAAUUCAACCAGCAUCAAAGGUAACUCUGUUCCCCAUUUCAUUUUCUUAUCAUCCUCUCUCUCUCUGCCAUUUUUACAUUUUUUAUUUUACACCAUUUUAUGUCAUAUUUAGGCCCCACUUUAGUCCUCGAUUUAAUGAGUUUCCAAAAGAUUCCAUACAGUUAGAACUUGUUUCAACAUGAUUUCUCAUGAUUUCUACACAAACGCUCAUAGACUAGAAUGGUGACUUCCAUAGAUAGAAUAUUUAGAAGGUUUUUCUAACAGUGUUGAAUCAUUUGCAAAGUUUAUUAAAUCGAUGUCUUAAUGUUUUCGGAUACACUUUUCAAAUGAUUUAAUAUUUUUGGGUAAACUAUUACAAUUAUUAAAUAUUUUGAAAACAUUUAGAUUUUUUAAUAUAUGUUUAUAUAUGAUAUUUUGUUUGACAUUUUAAUAUUUUGAAAUCAACAAUUUUAAAUGUUUAUCCAAAAAUAUUAAAUUGAGGCCUCAAUUUACUGUGAUCAAAAUAGUUCCUGUUACUGAAUUAAAAUAGUUAAAAAGGAUUAAUUCAGGUGAGAUUUCAGAAAAAAAAAACCUCCUCUAUCAUUGUGCUAGCAGAUUAGCUGUGAGACCAAAAUAAUUCCUAUUAAUUUUCCUCUAGAUUAAUUAUAUUCUGCGGGAACAUUGUCUGCAGGACAAGAUCUAAUAAUGCGAGUACUCAUACAGGGCCAUCCAAUCAGUCUUUCACAUGUAGGGUACUCUGCCAUGGGAACAGAAAAUAUUUGCUGGUCUAUGAAACAUAACUUACGUGCAGUUAUUUGGAUCCUUUUAUGGCCCGGACUCAUGUGACGCUGCAUAAUAUAUGCAUUGUUGCAAAAGAGUUAGCAGGAGAAUGUGUUAAAAAUUAAAUAAAGUCUUAUCUAAACUACAGACUACACUUGUUCUCUCUUUGAAACAAACCUAAAUUUGUCCGCUGAUCCGCUUUCAGCAGUUUGAACGUCUAUUGAUUGUAACAGAAACUCUUGGAGCAGUUUUCACUUUACAGUAAGAUGGGUGGAUCUAUAGAAUUUUAAAUCUAUUGUUUUUAUGCCACCGUAAUUUACACUGUAUUGGAUCUUAUAUGCAUCCUAUAUCAACGUUGUGAUAAAUAAUAAUAGAUAAUAGAUAAUUCCAAAUCACUGCCUGGCAAUAUGUCAACCCCUGUAAUGGCCUUUGUCAAACCAUGAGAAGAUGGCUUGGUGUAAAGCCAAUUCUGAGGGACAAAACAUUGUCAUUCUGUGAUUUGGAUUGAAGUGUCUCCAUGUUACUCACCUACUUUUGGGUGCAUGGUUUUCUAAUGUGCCGUUGUGGUGUUCCAGAUCAUUUGGGAACAGGUAAGGACUCUCUGAUCUAUGUGUGCCAGUUCUGCUUUGUAAAUCUCUACAGCUUAACUAAAACCUAAAUCCACUUUUUAGCCCCUUCUAACUGCCCUACCCUAUGGGGCCAAAACCCUAGUCUUCAUUAAAAUCAACUCUGCUCCUUUAUUUUUUACAGAACCGGCGAACCUAUUGAAGAAGAAGGAUCGUUCAGAGCUUCAAUGA